AUGGCGGCGACUUCAUCCGCCCUCUUCAACUCCCCCCACCUCCAGGCCCGCCGCCGCAACCGGAUCCCCUCCGGCAUCCAAUCUCUCAAACCCGCUCCCCAUUUCGUCUCAAUAGCCAGACCCAGAGCCACCGUUUCCUCUUCCUCCACCUCCGAUCCGUCCAAUCCGACACCCACCGCCGCCAAUCCGACGAAAGGCUCCAGCAUCCGCGACGAGGCCCGCCGCCACAACCUCGCUCACCCACAGCCAGCCAACAAUUUCUCCGCCAAGUAUGUACCUUUCAACGCCGGCGCCAACUCCACCGAGUCAUACUCCCUUGACGAGAUCGUCUACCGUUCCCAAUCCGGUGGCCUGCUCGACGUCCAGCACGACAUGGAGGCGCUCAAGGCCUUCCCGGGUUCUUACUGGAAGGCCCUGUUCGAUUCCCGCGUCGGGAAGACGACUUGGCCGUACGGAUCGGGGGUUUGGUCGAAGAAAGAGUGGGUCUUGCCCGAGAUUUCGAGUGACGACAUUGUGAGUGCCUUUGAAGGGAACUCGAAUCUGUUCUGGGCGGAGAGGUACGGGAAGCAGUUUUUGCAGAUGAGUGAGUUGUGGGUCAAGCAUUGUGGGAUCAGCCACACGGGGAGCUUCAAGGAUUUGGGGAUGACUGUAUUGGUGAGUCAGGUGAACAGGUUGAGGAAGAUGAACAAACCGGUGGUCGGGGUUGGAUGUGCUUCUACGGGUGAUACUUCUGCUGCUCUAUCUGCAUACUGCGCUUCAGCUGGUAUUCCUUCUAUCGUGUUUUUGCCUGCUAAUAAGAUCUCCAUGGCUCAGCUGGUUCAGCCGAUUGCUAAUGGAGCAUUUGUGUUGAGCAUAGAUACAGAUUUCGAUGGUUGUAUGCAACUGAUCAGGGAAGUUACAGCUGAAUUGCCUAUUUACUUGGCUAACUCACUGAACAGUUUGAGGUUAGAAGGACAGAAAACUGCUGCCAUUGAAAUACUGCAGCAGUUUGAUUGGGAAGUCCCUGAAUGGGUCAUUGUUCCUGGUGGUAACUUGGGCAAUAUUUAUGCAUUCUACAAAGGAUUCCACAUGUGUAAAGAACUAGGGCUUGUUGAUAGAAUCCCCAGGCUAGUCUGUGCUCAAGCUGCAAAUGCAAACCCUCUUUACCUGUACUACAAAUCUGGGUGGAAGGAUUUCAGCCCUGUGAAGGCCAACAGUACCUUUGCAUCCGCUAUCCAGAUAGGAGAUCCGGUUUCAAUCGAUAGAGCUGUUUAUGCUUUGAAGAAGUGUAAUGGGAUUGUUGAGGAAGCUACGGAGGAGGAACUAAUGGAUGCUAUGGCACAAGCUGACUCUACUGGGAUGUUCAUUUGUCCUCACACCGGCGUGGCACUGACUGCUUUGAUUAAGCUUAGGAAUGCUGGGAUUAUAGGUCCGAACGACCGGACUGUGGUGGUGAGUACUGCACACGGGUUGAAGUUUACGCAGAGCAAGAUCGACUAUCACUCGCAUGAUAUCAAAGACAUGGCUUGUAGGUUUGCUAAUCCGCCUGUGAAUGUGAGGGCAGAUUUCGGGUCUGUAAUGGAUGUUCUGAAGAAGUAUCUGUUGAGUAAAUCUCAUUAG